AUGAAGACAUACAUCACCGCACUGUUCGCCGCCUACCUGGCUCUGGCCUCGGCUGCCCCGGCCGCCAACGACGACGGGUGCGAUGUUGCCCCGCCGGCUCCCACCUCGUCGUGCACGACCACCACCACGACGGUGCUGGCCACCAACGCCGUGUCCAUGAUGUCGACACUGGCGUCCUCGGCCGCAAGCGUGCAGACAGCCUCCGUGUCUGGAACCAACGUGCAGGCGUUCACGGGCACCCUCGGCGGCGCACCUCCACCGGUGGUGUCGUCCGCGGGCGACCGGCCCUUCUCGGUCAACGGCGAUACCUUCGUGGGGUCGGGGGCGGCGCUGGGGCGGUCGUGCGACGUGCAGCACAACGCGUGCGCGAGGGCGGCCAACUCGGGCCAGCUGGCAGGCGGGGUGCAGCAGUGCGACCAGCAGAACCAGGAGUGCCACGCGGCCAACAACCUGAAGAAGCGGCAGCACACGCGGGACGUCCGGGUCCGGCCGGCGCAGCAGCAGCGCAAGCGGGCGGGGCUUGACCUGGGCUCGUGCUCCAACGCCGAGAUCCUGUUCGAGGCCGGGCUGGACGGGCGCAACACCAACGCCUUCAUCGCGGCCAACCAGCAGGACUUCAACCACGGGUCGGCGCUCAACAUCGCCGUGAUCGCGGGGUUCAUCUGCCAGCGCCUGGGGAGCCCUUGCAACGCGCCGUCGGGCACGCAGCAGUCAUGCGCCCAGGCGAGCUCGGCGGCCGUGGCGGCCAAGCAGGACCAGUCGGCGGCCGAUGCGUGGAAUGCCAUCAUGGGCGGUGGCGCUGCUGCUGGUGCACCCGCUGCACCUGCUGCCCCUGCUGCCCCUGCUGCCCCUGCUGCGCCUGUUGCCACUGCUGCGCCGGCGACGCCCACCGAGGCGGGCGGUGACGAUGAGGCAUGCGAUGUUGAGCCCGAGGCGGCUGCGACGCCGACCUCUGACGUCGUGUUGAUGACUGUGGUGACGUGCAGCUGA